CCGCCUCGAUACGGCAGCACGCGUUCCGUUCCGUACGUCACAAAUCCGGAAAAAUAAACGCGUUUGAUAGCGAACAGCGCCCGUCGAGUUUCAUGCGAAUGUUUACAAAAAGGAAAUCGAAAUAGAGUGUGGUGUUCGAUACGGCAUUGUUUUAAAGUGGACCCGUUUCAAUGAAAGGCCAAGGUGUGCAAGUGUAACUGUUUAUCGAACUUGGCCACCCAUGGAUCGGGAACGCAUCCUAAUCAUUCCACUGAGAUAAUAUUGAUAAAACGAUGAUGAAUCGUUGAUUGAUGAUCGUGGUUAUAAACUAGUACAAAAAUGUUGGAAAUACCUGAUAAUAUAUCUGAAGCCAGCUUCGUAACAAGCGUGGAAGAGGCGAGUCGGAUCGACCAAUGCACGCAAACACCUCCCUGUGGCAAAGCCAGACCACGAUCUCUACAACGGUUCAACACGAGCGACCAUAUCUACGAGAGACCCAGGCCUUACAGGAUAAAAGAGUACAGGCCCAAGAGUUUGGGCUUGUGCGAUUCGUACCAGUGCUUGGGGAAACCGCCUAGCUAUGACAGCGGGAGCCAAUCAAAGGUCAAGGUGACGGUGACAGAUAGUCCAACAAUUUCAGUCACACCACCGCACAGCUUGGAUUACGAAUGCCCUAAAGGCGGUUGCAGUCCUAACGGCAGUGUCACACCCAACGGAAUGCUGUCCAACAAGUCUACCCCGACUACGGUGCUUCUGAGUCCGGGAUACCUCCAGAGUCCUUGCCAAUGUAACCAGUCCAUUAGGAGUGUUAGCGAAGUAGCUCUAGCAAUGCCGGUUUCCGGCUGGAAUGAAGAAGUACCGGGCCCUACGUCACCUGACGGCCUUUCGUGGAGACGCCUGCACAUGUCCAGAGCCAAGCUCAAAGCUACGGCAACCACCUCCGAACUGUUAUCAGGUUUCGCAAUGGUGGCGAUGGUAGAACUGCAAAUAAACGAGCCUACGAACGUCCCCGAAUGGUUGUUCGUGAUGUUUGCAGUGUGCACAACAGUAUUAGUGGCAGUGCAUAUAUUCGCCCUUAUGAUAUCCACGUACCUGCUGCCAAAUAUAGACGCUGUUAGUAAGAUGGACACACCCGGGUGGCCUGCGCAGGCUUUGAGGGACUCGCCGCAUGAAAGAAUGAGAGGCUUCAUAGAAUUGGCUUGGGCGUUUAGUACUGUUUUAGGUCUGUUCUUAUUUCUGGUAGAGAUAGCCAUCCUAUGCUGGGUGAAGUUCUGGGACUACUCAUUUGCUGCAGCCACUGCUGCAACCGUUAUUGUUAUACCAGUAUUAAUAGUAUUUGUGGCGUUCGCAAUUCACUUCUAUCACUCUCUGGUGGUGCAGAAAUGCGAAACGUCCGUUCAAGACAUCAAGCAGUUAGAAAACAUGAAACGGGAUCUGGAUACGGCGACUGUCAAAGUUAACAUGUACCCAUAGACACUCUCCAUAAACUAGAAUUUAGGAACACAAAAAAUACUUACAAAUAGCAAUAUAAUUUCAAUCUAGCAACUCAAAACAAUUUAAAAGUAUUAAGAUGUUACAUACUUGGAGAAAAAAUUCAAUAAAAUUGAGUCUCAAUUGAAAUUAAAUACUUAUUUAAGUAAGUGUUCAAGAAAAUAGGCGUACUUUUGAUUUUUGUUUUUCAAAUCAUUAAAAUCCACGCAUAUCUUACCAAAACUCUUUUUAUUUAAAAACUACAAAUUUUAAUUAAAUUAAUUAUAUAUAAUAAAUAUAAUAUUUUAUUAAGCUAAAAUUCACGAGAGUUUAUUCAAUUAUAUCGUGAAUAUGAAUUGUAUCGGAUGCUCAUCGAUGGAUUGAAAACUUUUGAAGACUAACAUCGAAAUAAAUAACUUUAGACUACGUAGAAAUAAAAAAUACGGCACAGUUUAUGUAAGUGCGGAAAAAUUAUAAGAAAUUAAUAAUAUGUACCUUAUUUAUUUAUGAUAGUUAGAUUUAAUAUCGAUUAAAAGUUAAGUCUCAAAGACAUUAUUGUUGUGAUGUUUUAAAUCGACUGAUUGAAAAUUAUGCGCUAAGCUUCGAUUUAAUAAAUAGGUAUUUAGUUAAACAUUAGUUAGUUAAAUAUUGACUACUUGAUUUUCUUACAGUAAUGUUGUCCAGACUAUAAUGUUUUUUAAAAUUUUACUGUAUUUUUUUAUCUCACUGAACACCUGAAUAAGUUGACCGAUUAUGACGAAAUAAAUAUAAAUACGAUAGUUAAUUCUUAGAGUAGGUACUUAAUCUGGCUAGUUAGUUUGCAGCUUACUACUUACUACUUACGCAUUGAUGUAACUAAAGUAGCGGUACGCUAUGAUGGCCGGGCUGAAACUUAUGCCCGUUUUCACUAACGAUGAACAAGGCAAUUCCUAAAUAAAUAACGCCUAAUCUGGGGGAUUCCUACAUACAUCAACCGUUCACAAAUAGUUAUCACGUAAGAGUUGGUGAAACUUUUUUUUUACAAUAGAGAUCGCUUAAAUCAGUAGGCAUUCGAUUUAGGUUAUGCCUAGGUUUAGUGAAAACAGGCAUUAACACCCAAGUGCAGUGCCAGAUUAACCACGUAGCAAAAGUAGCAAUUCCUAAGGGCCCCGCGCGAAAGGGGGCCCCGAAUAUUUAAUACCGCUCAUUCUCUGCCUGACUGACUGACAUACACGCACACAGGCAACGCCUAUAGUAAUGUAUAACAAUAUUAAUUACGUACGAAAUUGUAACCUAUAGAUAGCAAAUACUUAUGGUAUUUAAGAUACGUAUUGAGUAUUGAAAUGUAUUUUUACCACUUUAUACUUAAGUACCUGUAGGAGAUCAAGGCCCAUUUUAAAGAAUUUGCUUAAUUUUUUUUUUUGAAUUUACGAGCCCCGCGCUUAAUCAGGCACUGCAAAAGUAGCUGCGUAAGUAAGAUAAGUAGGUAUAGUAAAAACAGCCAUCACCGCGUGUGACUACUUACACCCGACGUUAAUAUAAUUAAAAAAUCUAAACAUGUUAGAUUGAACUAAGUCGUGCUACCCUUAUCUAUCAACAGGGACCCUUGCCUGUAGAGGCUGUAGAUAAGGAUAGCACUAGGUACUAAAGCCAAUCUGCCAUCUAAAGAUUUUGGAUUUAAUUGAUUAUACUAAAAUGUCAGGACUCUUCCCUAAUGUUUAAAGACAAUUUUGUAAAAACGCAAGGGUCAAAUUUUGAAACGCAGGUUUUUUCAAAAUUUGUCCCCGCUGGAUUAAAACUAUCUACCUAUAUAAUUUCUUGGGCCCUCACUGAACGAUGAUGCAGAUAUUCCGAAACGAAAUAAAUAUGAUUUUUAA